UUCAAAUCUCUUUCUCUUUGAUCAAACCGAACAACCUCUAUAAAAGGCAGCUCGAUCAACAUGCGCGUCUUUGCCCUUUGUCUUCCUUCGAUGACCGCAAUUCCGCUCCAGGUCCUGGUCCUCGGCUUCCUUGUCGCCAUCAUGACUACCGGUGGAGUUCUGGCUCUGCCUCACGAUUUACACUCGAUCAGCUGCGCAGGACCCUCUUGCAGGAUGCUCAAGAUACGAUCUCCAGACAAAGAAGACAGCAUGAUAUUUGCUCGUCGCGAACCGACCGCUACUCUUUCUGACACCAUCCACGUCAAGCGCGACAAGAGUAAGACGACCUCAUACGAAUCAAACACCAUUGCUGCUCGUCACGAGCCUAUUACCGCUACCUCUGACGCCAAGAUGACCGUCGAGCGUGAGCAUUCCGAGGGGAACAUGUUCGAACGCCGUUCCAAACACCAAUGCCCCAAUCCUGCUUGUGGUAGGCCACACACCAUCGACCCGUCCACUUCUUCCAAAGCAAGGUCGCUGCCUCUUAAGAGGUCCCAGGGCGACACGGUCAAGGCAAGCAGUCGUUCUGAGAGUUGAAAAGCUUGGGUAAAGCUUCAUAGGGUGAUGAGAAAUAGUCUCGCAAGUAAACCUGGUCCUUUGCAAGCAAGCGCGAUCGGCCUUUUCAACAAGGGCCACCAAAACUCCCUCCCCUCUUCUCCUCACUGACCAGGCGACAGUGUCAGCAUGGUCUCCACAACUUCCCC